AUGGCACUUAAGAUGUCCGAGAAUUUGACUAUGACCGAAACUGACAAUUUUUCCCUCUUGUAUCAAAAUUUCGAGAAUCAGUUCAUGGAAUUGUUGAGAAUGAAUCCGUUUACCUUGUUCUUGCAGAAACAGGCCAUGGAAAUCGAUCGUCUGAAUAAACAAUUAAGGGACAUGGAAUUCAAAUUUGAAUCUUGCAUCAACUAUACCGACCUCGAACAACUUAAAUCCAAGAUCGGCGAAAUUGAAAUUGACUUUCAACGUAAACAAAAGGAAUCCGAAUCGUUAAAAUCUGAAGUCAGAUAUCUAAAACAAGAAAACAAAGAUCUGAAGAAUCAAAUAUCGCGCAUGACAAAGGAUCUUAAUCAUUUGCAGACUUCGGCCAAGGAGUUUGAUGAGGUGAAGGAAAGAGUCGUCGAAAUUGAGACACAGGUUCAACAAAACGUUGAAGACAACAUUGCCAUCGAGAUUAGGGUGAAUAAGUUGGAGAGGGCUCAGUUGAUCAGGGACGUGGCAUCAGCAAAGAAUGAGAAGAUUAAGUUGAGGCAGUAUUCGGGCGAUUCGAAGUUCAAAAAGAUUUCUCAAAUUCACGAAAAAUACAAAUCCCCUUUGACCUCGGAAUUACGAGAGAGGAUCCUAAAAUCUAUAGAUCUGGAUCCAUCGUACACCCAAAAGAAUUUACUACCCGCCUAUAACUUCUUUCACGCUUUGAAACAGUUUAGCGAUAGAUUUUUACAGGGCGAAGAUCUGAACGAAAGUUCAUCGUUGGCCACGUAUUUGUGUGAUCCGACGUUAAAUUUCUGGCCUGAGAUCGUGUCCGAAAAACUGGUAAAAAAUUUAUUCCCGGACUCCCUGAUGGUCAAGCAUACAUUUGCCGCUUAUGACUUCAUCAUUGAGCAAGCCUCGAAGUAUCACGAGUUCGCUGAGAACAAUAAGAAAAUCCUUGAAAGCUAA